UCAGCUAUUGGUAAAGCCUGUGACUUCCCAGAAGGAGAACAUAUUAUGUUCUUGUAAAGUACUUAUUUUCACUUUUGUUUCCUCUUUCUCAUUUGAAAACUUCUGAGGGACUGAAGAAGCAUCACCAGCAAUAGCAGUGAACGAGACACACAACCACAGCAAUGGGAGGCAAUUCUUCUAAACUUCAGUCUGAACCUGAACCGACAAAGAAAACAGAUGCGAAUGAGAUGAUGGCGCAACCAUGGAGGGAAGUUACCUGGAAUACUGAGGAAAGAAAAAAACUGAUGGGUGAAAUAGCAGCUUACUAUCCACAAUUGAAUUCAGUGCCACAGUUUCGGGUUCUGUUUGUUGGGCCAGUUGGAGUUGGGAAAUCCAGCUUUUUCAACUCUGUGAAGUCUGUUUUCCGGGGUUACGUGAUAACUCAAGCCAUAGCAGGAUCUGAUUAUACCAGUGUGACCAAGCAGUACAAGACUUAUCGAGUUAAAAAUGUAGAGGAUGGAAAGAACCUGCCCAUCAUCUUUUGCGACACCAUGGGACUGGAAGAAAAGCAAGGAGAUGGACUGGAUAUUGAUGAUGUGCCCAACAUAGUAAAAGGGCAUGUUCCUGAGGGUUACCAGUUUAAUGCAGCUGGGCCUAUGGAGCCAACAUCACCAGGCUAUAUCAAAAAUACAUCUUUCAAGGAUGAGAUUCAUUGUUUUGUUUUUAUCAUCGAGGCACCCAAGAUUGAGAUCCUUCCUGACAGCAUGUUGGAAAAGCUGAAAGCCAUAAGACGAAAAACUAACAAGUUGGGUUUGCCCCAACUUGUCAUACUUACCAAAGUGGAUGAAGUUUGCCCUUCCCUUCAAAAAAAUGUUUCAGAUGUAUACAGGAGCACAGCUGUUGAGAAAAAGAUGCAAAUUACAGCGGAAAGACUUGGCAUCCCUUUGAGUAACAUAGUUCCUGUUAAAAAUUACUGUUCAGAGCUGGAACUCAAAGAGAAUGUUGAUAUCCUGAUCCUGCUGGCACUGAGGCAGAUUCUGCGCUUUGGAGAAAGCUACCUAGAUAAUUUCCAAUCGGGCAAAAUUGCUAUGGUGGAUUAAUAUUCUGAUCCGUGGUUGGCCUAAUAAAGUCAGUUCGGCACUGUCAAUAUCACAUCACAUUACUAUUUUUCCCCUUUAACUGAUGUGUCUGUCUUUUAUGCAAUUCUGGGAUUUGCAGUUUAAGGAGGCAUUUAGAGUCCUCGGGCUGUGUUCUUGGGUCUCACUAAACUAUAAAACCCAGAAUUCCACUGGAGUCAGCCAUAUAGUGUAAUACUGAUUAUAUGGUGACAUGUUAAAGAUCAAAUGCCAUCAUUCCUUUCUUUUUUCUGCAUUUCUUUGUCAGAAGUACAUAUAAAAACUGACUGUUUUUACAUGUCAUUUUUCUGUCACUGAAUCACUUGCAUUGAGAUUUCUUUAUGCUCUUUAUUAGUUAUGUUUUGGGCUUAUUAACAUUAUACCAGAAAUGGGCAAUUUAUUAAUGAUAAUAGUUAUUCUGUGCACUAGGAAGAAAGGACCCUUUUGGUAUUUGAUUUCCACAAAUGUGCAGGAAUCAAUUUUCCAUUUUCAUUCUGUACAUAUUAGAAUGGAACCACAUGCUAGGAAAGUGGAAGGCAGUAGGAAAAGCAUUUUAUAGGUAUAUAGGUUCAGUCAAGGAAGCUACUUGUCCUGAAUUUGCAAGACUUUUAAUAUUAAGACCUUUUGGAGCUUGUCGUUUAUAGGAUCACCAUAAAUGAUUCUGUGAUUCUAUGGCCCCUUCCACACAGCUGUAUAAAAUCCACAUUGAACUGGAUUAUAUGGCAGUGUGAACUCGGAUAAGCCAGUUAAAAGCAGAUAUUGAGCAUUAUCUGCUUUGAUAUUCUGGGUUAUAUGUUUGUGUGGAAGGGCCCCAAGAGACCAUGAUGGACAAAAGAGGGAGAUGGACAUGGGUCCACUCUGCAACUAGACCUUUUAAUUUGGAGUCCCCCAAUUCUGGAGGAAAAAAAAGAGGAACCAAUGAAAUAUAAUCUCUAUGAGAGGGAGGGGGAGGAGGAGGAUAUAAAACAAAGUAAAUAAAUACAAAUAUAUUUACAAAUAUAUACAAAUAUGUGCCAUGAAAAAAUGAUGACAAUAAUGCUCUAUAUUCUGCAGUAUUUAAUUCUUUAUAUAGAAAUAAACAAUGAUAUCCAUCUCAGUAUGGCUUUUGUCUGUAAUGGUAAAAUUUUAUGUAUACAAAAUAAUUGUUUUUAAAUAAAUUUCUUCAUGAUUUAUUAUCAGUAAAUUGUUGACAUGUAUAUUUAUUUUACAUAUCUAUAUACCCAGUGUAUUUUAUUGGGCAAAAAGUGGUCAUGUGUGGAAAAAGUAUAAGAAACCACAUGUUAGAGGAGUACAGCUAGAAGGCAAGUGAAAUAAAGUCCU